AAGAAUUCCGCAAAAGGGGUCAUGAAGCAGUUGACCGAAUUUGCAAAUAUUACAAGGAACUUGAUAAUUAUAAUGUUUUGCCAAAUGUUGAACCUGGAUAUCUCAAGAAACUUCUUCUGGAAGAGGCACCCGAAGAACCUGAAUCAUUUGACGCGAUUCAGUCGGAUAUAGAAACAAAAAUAAUUCCUGGUGCUUGUACAGAAUUGGAAACCAUUGUACUUGAUUGGGUUGGAAAACUCAUCGGUUUGGAUAAAAGUUUUCUUAGUGAGGGUCACGGUGGUGGUGUAAUUCAAGCAACUGCUUGCGAUGCUACAUUGGUUGUUUUGCUUGCGGCUAGACAACGCGUGAUUGAUAAAUAUAAAGCUGAAGGUUUAAAUGAUGAUCAACUAUAUAAAAUAUCUAAUCGUCUUAUCGCAUAUGGAUCUACUCAGGUUAAUUUUAACACUAACGUACGCUUUCGGGCACUUCCAACAGACGAAAAAUUCUCUCUAAGGGGAGAUACUGUUGAACGUGAACUUGAAAAGGAUAUUUCUCAAGGUCUAAUUCCAUGUUUCCUUAAUGGAACAAUAGGUACAACAGGUUCUGCUGCAGUGGAUCGUAUUUCAGAGUUAGCAGAUGCAAACGUGUGGUUACAUAUUGAUGCUGCUUAUGCUGGAUCUGCCUUUGUUUGUCCUGAAUAUCGACAUUAUCUUAAUGGUCAAGCAUUUUCACUUGUUUGCUUCCAUGUCAUUCCUAAUGAAAAAUCUCGUGAAACUUCAAAUGAGCUCACCGAAAAAGUUUAUAAUCGUUUGAAUGAAACUCAAAAAAUUUAUUUAACACACAUUAAAUUAAAUAAUCAAUUCGUUAUAAGAUUUGCCGUAGGAAGUCCAUGGACCGCUGAGGAACAUAUAGACAGGGCACUUGACCUUAUAGUAAAGACUACUAAGGAAGUUAUUGGAAUUAAAAAUGAAAAUGGUAUUUAG